AUGUCAGGCCUCGACAGUCCCGAAUUCAAAGCCCAAGAAGCCCACUGGCUCGACAUCGUCGCCAGCAUGAACACCGAGAUCUACGGCAGCUUCAACGGCGUCGGCGGGAGUGACGCCCACUUCAAGAUGUACGAGCGCGCCAUCAAAGGCCACCCCAAUAUCGCGAGGGAGUACCUUGAUGGGUGCGAGGCUUGGGCGAAGGCAUCCCCGGCUGAGUGCCAAGACAGGAUUGCGGAGGUCAGGAAGUUGGUGUCGGAGGCUUUGGAAGCACAGGAGGAGAGGAUCAAGAAGAGGAUGCAGGAGUUUAUGGAUACGUAUAGGGCGAUAGCUGAGGUCUGA